CCAGUCCACCCCACCACAACCCCCACUCGCCUCCGCUCCUAGGGUUUCCCGCCGCGCACCACCCCCAAAACCCUCGCUCCCCACCUCCCCGGCGAUCGGACCAAUGGCGGCAUCGGCGGCGGCGAAGAAGCUCACGCUCAAGAGCUCCGACGGCGAGGACUUCGAGGUGGAGGUGGCGGUGGCGAUGGCGUCGCAGACCAUCAAACACAUGGUGGAGGACGGCUGCGCCGACAACAUCAUCCCGCUCCCCAACGUCACCGCCAAGAUCCUCUCCAAGGUCAUCGAGUACUGCACGCAGCACGCCCCCAAGGCGGACGACGCCGCCGCCGCCGACUCCACCGGCACCGCCACCGCCGUCAAGCCCGACGAGGAGAAGCUCAAGGCCUUCGACACCGAAUUCGUCAAGGUCGAGCAGGCGACUCUCUUCGACCUCAUCCUGGCUGCCAACUACCUGGACAUCAAGGGGCUCCUGGACCUGACCUGCCAGACCGUCGCCGACAUGAUCAAGGGCAAGACACCGGAGGAGAUCCGCAAGACCUUCAACAUCACCAACGACUUCACCCCGGAGGAGGAGGAGGAAGUGCGGAAGGAGAACCAGUGGGCCUUUGAGUGAAGGUCGGGUCCGUGACACGAAUAACCAGCAUGGAAGGAAGCGUGGCUUCGUCGAAUGCCUGGGAGCAGCCGUUAACCGUUUUGUGGUUCUGAGACAACGCUAGUAGGGAAGAUGUAAGUAGGUUCUGGUUCCGGUCGACCUGGAGGGUCCUCACCAUUUGGCUGACUCUGCUUCGCUUUUUGGUUGUGGUGGUAUUUUGCUGCACUCUUGGACCUGGUUAUGAGGAAAUGAGAUGGUAUGCUGGUUAUUCUGCACUAAA